AUGAUGAGGAGAUUUGACACAAGUGAUGACCAUGCAAAGAAGAUGAGAGGUGAUUUAGCUAAUAUUUCGCAAAAGCUGAACGCACAUGCGGUUUCAAUAAAGCAUCUUGAGCAACAGAUGGCUCAAUUGUCUACUACUGUGAAUCCACGCAAACCUGGCACUCUUCCGAGAAACACCAUUCAAAAUGGCAUUGCAUGGAGGUCACUACUCGAGGGGUGUGUGCCUAAAAAGGGUGGGAUGACAUUGGUGCCUUAUGACAGGAAUGAGUUUGUGCCAAUGCGGCCAGUGACCGCAAGAGGAGACACUAUUGAGGUGUUCAUGGAUGAUUUUUCUGUAGUUGGUGACACCUUUGAUCGAUGUUUGAGUCAUUUGGCCGAGGCACUGAAAAGAUGUGAUGAUUGCAAUGUUGUGAUUCAUUGGGAAACAUGUUUAUCAAGGAUUUUUCAAAUAUUGAACAUCCUUAUUUUCAAACUUUUUGAUAAGGAAUGUAAGUUAUAUUUCAAUGAAUCUUGUCUAAAAGUGGUUGGAGAACUAAAAGAGAAGUUGGUGUCUGUGCCCAUUACUAUUUCCCCAAAUUGGAGUAAACCAUUUGAGGUUAUGUGCGAUACUAGUGGGGUUGCUCUUUGUGUGGUAUUGGGACAAACAAGCGAUAAAAUCUUUCACCCUAUUUACUAUGCAAGUAAGGCCUUGAAUGAAGCUCAAAAGAACUACACGGUAACUGAACAAGAUCUUCUUGCAGUUGUAAAGGGGACUGAGAAUCAGGUUACAGAUCACUUGUCUAUGUACGAGGAUGAAGCUAUGCAUGAAGUGGUAGAAAAGGCUAAAAUUGAUUAUGCAUUCCCUAAUGAACAUUUAUUGGUCGCUUCUCAAGAUUUGAUCCCAUGGUAUGCAGAUUUGGCGAAUUAUCUAGCUAGUGAUAUAGUUCCGUCAGACUUGUCUUUACAUCUUAGGAAGAAGUUCAUGUUUGAUGUGAAUAAUUUCUUUUGGGAUGCGCCUUACUUAUACUGGAGUUGUGCCGAUAGGAUUAUUCAUCGUUGUGAACCGGAAGUUGAGAUGUAG